AUGGUCUAUGGGGGCAAACCAAGUACUGGAUGUUACCUGUGUCGCAAGCGGAAGAUAAAGUGCGAUGAAGCCCACCCGGAGUGCCGGAACUGCAUUGUCUAUGGCCGACCAUGUCCAGGUUACCGGCCAGAUGGUGUCUUCAGGAACGAGACCAGGAAAGUCGAGCGGCUGGUGAAGAGUAAUGCCAUCGUUAAUGCGCACAGCAACACCGACAGCCAGGGCAGCUCGGACACAUCUACAUCAGCCGUCUCUCGCCGCCCACGAAUAGGCUGUCAAGAGAAACUCCAUGGCAAGGCUGCGCUGACGCUAUACACCCCCGCUGACUCGACGUGGGAGCAAAGAGCACUGUGCUACUUCUUCGAUCAGUACAUCAUCAAAGCUGAUUGCGAGGACGGCGGGCAUCUGGAAUAUCUGCCCCCCCGCUUCGAUGCCACGGCGUUGAUGACUCUUGCUAAUGCUAAAAAUGCACCAUCUCUCAUGAAGAAGGCGCGGCAGGGCUAUGGACGGGCUUUGCGGGGAUUGCAGGAGGCGCUAGCAUCACCGGAUAAUGCGGUUAAAGAUGAGACUUUCGCUUCGGUCGUUCUACUUUCGCUAUAUGAGGAUAUCUCGGGUGAGCGGAAUGGAUUGCUCAGCUCGCACACGGCCGGGUUUGAGUUCUUGAUGAAACUUCGUGGAGACACGCAGAUGUAUCAUCAGCGUGGUCGAUCCAUGCUUAAUUUUGCUUAUACACACACGCAUGUUGAAAUCCUCGCACUUGGGGACAAGCCCCGCUUUGACAUGAAAUGGGUCCUCGGCAUGCUAGAUAUCAACAGACCAACCGAACGGCUCAUGCUCGCUGCAUCAAAGCUUUGCCAGAUACUCCUACAAAUAAGAUCAUCACCAAAAAUCUCAGACCGAGCAACCGUCGAAUCAUGGAUCGCAGCAGGCAACGAGUGCGAUAUCGAACUCUCUCAGUGGACUCAGACCCUCCCAGACCGGUGGCUCCCGUUAGUCGUCUAUUCAGCACAGGGCGAACCCCUACUGACAUACAACCGCAUUACCAACGCUGUAGUCUGGAACUACUACCGCGCCGUGCGCGUGAUGCUACAACACCUUCUCCUCAGACUAAACAGCACACUUACCUCCAUCAAAGCGGCCAACAAGCAAUUCUCCGAUUCCAAGGAUACUAGCAGUUUGAAACCCGAGCCCGAGUCCGUUCUCGACGAGUCAGCUUUGCAAGCUAUCAUCCAUGAAAUGACCACAGACAUCUGCCGCAGCAUCCCCUUCGCCCUGGCUGACAUCGACUCCCUCGGCCGCCCAAAUAAAUCAGGUAGCCCGUGGCAAAUGCGCGCUGCGCAGGGCUACGGUCUGCUCUGGCCUCUCUGGUACACCCUCUCUUCUGGUAUGCCGACUCCGGCGCAGGCGGAGCUGAUCCGCACUGUGCUAUCACGAGUCGGAUCUACGCUGGGUAUUAAAUUGGCGUUGGUACUUGCUCAGGAGGCGGAGCGUAUCCGUAGAGAGCAAGAUGUGGUGCAAGGCGAAACUUAUGGUCGCGACUACCCACGC